AUGUUUUUGUGCAUUGACUCAUGGAAAACUGAUCAACCUCAAAUCGGCAGUUUCACUUUAAACGCUGUUGCGUGGACAUUGAUUUUGUGUACGACGCAAUGUGAAAUAAAUAAUUUACAAACUAUUCGAACAUUUUGAAGAAGUGAUAUUCAUGAGCAUCGAUGACAAUUCAUUGCAUAAAAAAUGGAUCAUUUUAGUUUAGUUUUUACAAAACAAGCAGUUUACAUCUUUAAUUUAUUAUUUGGUGUAACUGCAAUUUCAGUGUUGGGGAUAAGCACGAUUAUUUACUGUGAUUACCUUCGAUUCCAUCACUUCAUUGGAGACCAUUCAUGGAUAGCUCCAUUUUUUCUAAUGGCCAUCGGCGGAUGUGUGUUUUUGAUCACAGUUCUCUGUUGCUAUGGCACGAUCAAAGAGAAUGCUCAAAUAAUCCAAGUUUUUUUGGUUCUGUUGGCGUGGAUAUUUUUCUUUGAAAUUGGAACAUCAGUCGUUAUUUACAUUAAACGAAACCAAUUCAUUGGAACUUUGGACAAUAGUUUUGAUUCAAUGCUCAACAAUCACGUCAAAAAUGAAGAAGCAUGGAACGACAUCCAAACCGAGUUGAAAUGUUGCGGAAUAAAUGGACCAAAGGACUGGACAGAAAAAUUGAAUAUCACCAUACCAAAGUCAUGCUGUGGAAUACAAACAACCGCCAAUUGCACCGAAGAGAAUGCCGUUAAAAUCGGAUGCAAAAUGCAUUUGUUAAAAUAUUUGGAGAGACUGUGCAUCAUGUUGGCUGGCACGGGGUUCGGUUUCGGUUGGAUUCAAAUUGUCGUUAUCGGAUACGCUAGCUUCAUGUUCAAUGAAUUUCGUAAAAGUUUUGGUCAAUUCACACAAAGACUUCUUUAAUAGAAAGCCGAGAUUGUAAUCGGAACAGUUUUACAAAUUAAAAUGUUGAAUGAUAUUUUCAUCACUGACACCAGUCUUCUUUUAGUCUCUACUUGAUCUAUUACACUACAUAUAGCAAUAAAUGUUAAGAGUAAUCAUCUUCCACAUAAAAGACGAAUAUUCAACGUACAACUCCAUGUUUACGCCGUAUCUCUCUUGUGCGGACUUUCUUCGAUUCGAUGUAUACACGAUAUGACCACAGAGAUACAAGAUGAUUUCUUGUCUUGUUUUAAUAAAAUGUGUAAAUUGAAAGACUUUUUUUUAUAAUCUAGAUUCUUUGUGAUAAGUGCAUAUUUCACAAACAUCAUAUACUUCACGGUAGUUUAAUCCAAUCGGUUAAUAUAUUAAGUGUGGUGUCGAGUGUAGUGGUCAUAAUUGCACAUAUUUUACAAUGUUUUCAUCAACCAAAAAGCGUUUCAAAUGAAAGUUAUCUCAAAAUAAAUGGUCUCGAAAUGAA